AUGGCCGUUCUGAUGGAUGCUCGGCAGGCGGCACAGUUUGGUAACAUAACAAGAUUACAGGAACUACUAGAUUCUGGAGAAUGUGCGCCAGAUACAUUAGAUACUGAUGAUUGCUCUUUACUACACUGGGCAGCAAUUAACAAUCGCUUACUUGUAGCAAGGAUUCUAAUUGACCGAGGUUGUAAUGUGAAUGCUAUCGGUGGAGUCCUUGCUUCAACACCACUUCACUGGGCAGCUCGACAUGGUCAUACUCGCAUGGUAGCACUUCUUGUUUCUCAUGGUGCAAAUCUGCAUAUUCGAGAUGUUGAAGGUUUUACUCCUCUCCAUGUUGCUAUUCAGUUUGGGAAAACUCCAACAGCUGCAUACUUAAUUGCUGCAGGACAGUCUGUUGAUGAAAGAGAUGAAACAAUGAUGACGCCAGCAAUGUGGGCAGCAUACAAGAUUUACAGUCAUGAUCCUCUACGAAUGUUAAUAACGAUGGGUGCAGACUUAUCAUGCGUUGAUACGACUUAUGAGAAUACAGCAUUACAUUGGGCAGUAAUACAAGGCAAUCAUUCUGCAGUCAGUAUUUUAGUCAAAUAUAACGCAGGAUUAGUGAAUCUUAAUCGUGAUAAUGAAACUCCCCGCGAUAUAGCAAGGAGACGAGGAGAUGUUAUUAGUGCACGAAUUCUCGAGAGAGCUGAACGUAGAGAAGGAUUAAUCUCUUCUACAUUUAUCCAGUAUUUUAAGGAAAAUGAUGUAUUAAUAUCACGUGUUGUAUUUUUCUUGCCGAUACUUGCUAUGACAGCAGUUGGUAUGACCUUAAGUGUCUAUUUGUCGUAUACAGUCAAAGCAUUACUGCUUUUUUUAGUCGGUUGUCUUGGACGAAACAUUUACAGGUCCCUACUAACAAAUCGCAACUUCCAUAUCAUACCCUUAGGUGCAGCUGUGGCUUCCAAAAUUAUUUUGGGUGUGACUUGGUUAUUGUAUUUGCAUGCUUUCGCAGGAUGGUACUGGCAAAUUAGUUUUCUCCUUCUAAUAACACUUGCACCAGCGUUAUUCUUACGGAUUGUAUUUUCUGAUCCUGGUGUUGUUACUGCGUCUCACGAAGAACGAUGCAAAAUGAUACGUGAAAUAUGGGAAAAAGAAGACAAACCCGAAAUUCCAUUUUGUAGCACGUGUUUGUUAAUAAGACCAGCAAGAUCCAAGCAUUGUUCAGUGUGCGAUCGUUGUAUCCGAAGGUUCGAUCACCACUGUCCUUGGAUCGUAAACUGCAUUGGAGAGAAAAAUCACUUACACUUCAUCUUGUAUCUCUCUGUUAUCGUUACUUCAUCACUACAAUUUCUCGUGGCUACUUUAUACUGUAAGUUCCUAAAGCCUUCUAAUCCUUAUAUCACCUUUGUCGUAUAG